UUACGAUUUUCCAAUAUUCACUAUAUGUAGUAAAAUAUUACAGAUAAACGUUGGGUUUCACUCGUAAAAAUAACAUAAAAAAUCACAACUUUUAUUACUUCUAAUGUUCCCUUAGAACGACGGGAUUUAUUUAAAAGAAAAAUGAUAAUGAACAUAUUUUUUGGGAUACUAUCCCUAUUGAUAGCCACAAUAGGAGCCAGUAGUGUUCCUAAAAUACAAAUAUUCGAAAUAAGAGAGAACGAGAAUGGAAUACAUUUGAAAAAUUUAAACCCAGAAGCAAGAAAUAAUCAAAAAGCUAAUCCUUUAGUCAAGUUAUUGAGGGGUCCAAAACCAGAUAACGAAGCUGUAAGACUUGCUAAGCAGUUACUAAAUAAAUUGAAGAAUGCCAGAGAAGAUGAUAAAACCAAUAGAUACAGUGGAGAUCACUAUGUAGCAAAUAUUGAUGAUUAUAAUACUGAAUAUGAAGAAACCCGUUUCAUUGACAAAACUAGGAGUCACAAGGCUGAACAGGAUAGUAACUCUCUUAAGGAAUUGCUGCUGCAGUUAUUGCCUACACAAAAGAAGGGUAACGCUUAUUUGAAUCCAGUUUCAUAUCGACCACCGAAGAGAGGCUUGAGAAUGGAUCCAGUUCUAGUGGAAUCUAGAACAAGCAUACCCAAGCGUAAACAUGAAUAUGCCUAUUCUGACAAUGACGCGCGGAUGCAACAACAGGACGAUGACACACAAAAUAAUGAUUAUUAAUUUGUAAUUAUAUAAUAUAAAAUAAU